ACAGCUCCAAUGCUGGCUCGAGUGAGGACCUUGUCUCAGCGGUGUCGGCUGCGAGCUUGACAGGGACUAUAAAGAGGCCGAGGCCAUGUUUUGUCCGCUGCUAUGGGGAAGACGUCACGUCUCCUGACUGCUUGGCGUGUUGCAGAUCAAUUGAGUAUUGGGCACUGAGACGUACAUGAAGCCGACUGCAGCGCUCGCACGGGACCUGCAACCAGUACAGAAGCUAGCAAAGGGCUUCACACAGUGUUCCCAAGAGGCUGCGAUCUACGGACAAUGCAUCACUGCAAAGUACCAGGAAGUCGAGAAGGGCAUGUGCAAUCAAGAGUUCCUGGCUUUCAAGGACUGCGUACAGAAAUCUGUCGGACGAAAGUGGUGAUCGUGUCGAGCUAAGUGAGCGCAGCGAUGACAGUUCCGAAGCGUCUAGCUUCCGCUUCGGCGUCGACCAGACUCGAUUCUUUGCCGAAUUGCUUGGGCAGGAAGAGAUGGCUCUCUAUCGCCACAGAGUCAGGUGCCGCGUGCCUCUUGCUUAUCACCCACUGCGAGCUGCCUGUUCGCACGUAUGAUUCUGUCACUUGUGGUGCUCU